UACAUCCGGGAAAAUCCUUCACAUGUGCCACUAAGCGAGUUCCCAUGAUCCUUUCUUUCUUUUCGCCAUUUUAGCUGGAAUAAUGAAGGUUGAACUAUGCAGUUUCAGCGGUUACAAAAUUUACCCUGGUCAUGGAAGACGUUACGCCAGGGUAGAUGGAAAGGUGUUCCAGUUUCUAAAUGCAAAAUGUGAGAGUGCUUUCCUUUCAAAGAGAAAUCCUCGGCAGAUCAACUGGACUGUUCUGUAUAGGCGUAAACACAAAAAAGGUCAGAUGGAAGAAAUCCAAAAAAAACGUAUUCGCCGUGCAGUAAAACACCCAAGAGCCAUCACUGGUGCAUCUUUGGCUGAAAUUAUGGCCAAGAGAAAUCAAAAACCUGAAGUGAGAAAAGCUCAGCGGGAACAGGCCAUCAGAGCUGCAAAGGAAGCUAAGAAGGCAAAGCAGGCAAAAAAGACUGCAGCCCCACCUGCUAAGGCUGCUUCUAAGACUGCUCCUAAACAGAAGAUUGCAAAGCCUGUGAAAGUUUCUGCUCCACGUGUUGGUGGAAAGCGUUGAGACUAACAAUAUUUCUGCAGCUGUUGAAAAUAAAAGAUGAAACCUG